AUUGAGUACACCAUUUAAUUCGAGUUAGAAAUAAAAAUGGAAUUUAGUCCUCAAGGCUUGACGAAACUGUCCACAGGCGAUCACGCCCAUUUCAUAUCUAAUAACUAGAGCACCUAAAAAGCGUUACGUAUUUCCACUGUUACACAUAUGACACCGCUUGUGCCGAUACGGGAAUUUGGAGAAAGUGCGUCCUUGGCGAGUUUUACAAUAUCAUAUGAACUAGUUAAUCUGCAUUGGUAGAAAUGGACAUAAGGCUUGUAAGAAGAACAGUUGCCUAAUUAUGACGCUCGCAUCGAAAAAAGAAUUUCCUAAAUGUUUAUUUAGAGAAACGACACGCGAAGAAACGAGAGUAACAGGAUAAUCGAUGAAAUCGAAAGUACAUACAAGAGCGCAUCACGAUAUUAUCAAAUUCACCUUAUUUGUAAAUAUUGUGCAUAUUUGUCGGAUGCGUCGUAUCGCCAGGAUAUCAAGAGUGAGGAGUAAUUAUCAAGGAUAAGUGCGUUGUGCCCUCGACGUUCUCUAAUAAACCGUACAAUGCCAGAUCCGCGAUCUGAAUUUCGUGGGGAGCCACGCCCGUGCAAUUCGUCCGUGUUCCCCCUCGAGCGGCUGUCCUACCUCUCCUUUACGCCUCCUUUCGUAUGUUCCUUUCUUGAUGAUUUCCCACAAAGAAGUCCCAUAUACAUCUCCCUCUCCCAUCGACCAUGCCCAAUCACCUCGAACAAGGUACCCAAAAUUCGAUCGAACCCCCUACAACUUCACCCGCGUAUAAAUAGUGGCCGACAGCUACCAUUUCGGCAGAAACCCAGUAGUUGUUCCACCUCAGACGAGCAAAAUGGCAUUCAAGUUCAUAGUGCUCGCAGCCUUCGUUGCGAUAGCGAGUGCCGGCGGACCGGCGGCCUACGACAUCGGCACGUUAUCCGCCGACCACAACAGCAUCGGCUACAGCCAGGAAUCCACGCAGAAGGGUUACGCCGGCCAGAAUGUCGUGUCCUCGUACAGCCGCGCCGAGGACUCCGCGCACUCGUCGGUACGCGUGAGCAACAGCCACGUGAGCAACGACGCCCUGCUGGAGCAGCACGCCAUCGGCUACGGCUACGGAUACGCCGCGCCGGCCUUGGCCAAGCCCCUGAUCGCCGCACAACCCGCGCCCCUGAUCGCCAAAGCCGCUUACGCCUCGCCAGCCUUGGCGACAUACGCCGCUCACCCUGCCCCGGUGCUCGCUAAAGCCGCAUACGCCGCGCCCGCUUACGGAUACGCUGCCGCGCCCGCUUACGGAUACGCUGCCGCGCCCGCUUACGGAUACGCUGCCGCACCCGCUUAUGGAUACGCUGCCGCGCCCGCUUAUGGAUAUGCCGCCGCGGCCGCACCGGCUCUCUUGGCCGCGAAGACGGCAUAUGCCGCACCCGCUGCCUACAGUUACGCCAGCCCGCUCCUGGCCAAGACCUACGCCGCCCCGGCCCCGCUCAUCGCUAAGACCGCCGCGUACACCUAUGCCGCGCCAGCAGCCCCCCUGAUCACCAAGGCCGCUUAUGCCGCUCCGCUUCUGUCCAAGACCUAUGCCGCGCCGAUUGCCGCCCCGCUUUUGGCAAAGCCCGCUUACGCGUACAGCGGCUACGGUGCUCAUGCCGCGCCGCUAAUCGCCAAGACCUAUGCCGCCCCUUACUCGUACGAGACAGCUGCACCUGUGGUGCACGCCGCCUUCAGCGGCUUCGGCACUAGCUAUUCCUGGUAAACGAUUCCGAUAACUGUAGAUCUCUCGCGGUUCAGCGCAAGUCCCCUCGACACAGUAUAUCGUAUUCCCUCUGAUACAUGCGCAGGAUUAUCUACGUAGAUGUGUAUAUACUUAAUAUUUAUAGUAUAUAAUAUUUUUAUAUUUAUAUACCUCAUUGUAUACACUGCGUAUUCUGCUCACUCUAUCCAUGAAACCUUCAACAGAAUCCUUCACACAAGACACCUCUUGACACGGAACACAUUUCUUAAAGUACAAUACUCGUAUUUUGCAGAUUAAUAGCGAACAGACAUUUUUUUUGUAUUAGAUAUGAAUAAAGCGAACUUUUGUUAACAGGACGAAAACACCUUCACUUUUUAAUCUACACGUAAGGCAUCGUUUCUCGCGCGGUUAAGCAGGCGGCUUAACGAAAGUGAUCUCUCGAUCAGUCCUCUUUACGAAAUCGACACGAGUAUUCUUGUUCUCCCGUUUGCACGUUCUUCAUCUGCGUAUGAAUAUCGUUAAUCCGGCACGUACACAGGAAAGAAAGUCGCGUGCGUGCAGCGAGAACGAUUGAACAGCGAGCACAAAAGACUGAGAAAACGAGUUAGCUGAAAGCGUAACUUGAUGUAAAAGAGAAUAGACGCGUAUCGCCUAAUUUCCAGUUGUAACUCAAAAGAAUUUGCAUACAAUGGAUAAUCGAAAAAUACGUCGAUCGCUCCACAACAUCGUUGAACGAAUCCGCUUGAAUAGUCGACUACAGGCUGACUUUCACAUAUGACCGGUUUUCCCGUAAACAGACGCGAUGAUGAAAUGAUCGAUGCGUGAUCUAGUUUCUUAUUUGGCACAGAAUUCGUUGCGGUUUAUUUAGCCGACUCUAUUAGGUUGAUUCGUAAAUAAGUUCCGCUGCAGGUGACGACAAUCUAUACUGUGAAAUUCGUAGGGUGAAGUUAUAUUCAAUUUAAGUCGUUUUUAAUAAUUUCUUAUAAGUCAUCAU